GGUAAACAACCCCGCGACAUUCCACUCCACUCACCACAGUAGACCCUUGCUUGUGCUACUGAAGACACACUUGCUAUCAUGGCAUUGGAGGGAUGCGUGGGCUCGCUGCGCAGUAGCAUGCAAUUGCUCGAUUCAUCCAUCAACAUACUAGAUCAAGGUGUGAGCGACUUUCCUCGACUAGCCAAAGUACUGCAGACAACACGACACUUUGAACUCAUCUCCGAGUCAGAUCUCCAGACCGCGCAAUCAGCACUCCUCUCAGAGAUCCGCCCUGAAGUCGACAACCUCCUCAAGCGCGUUGAGAAUUACUUGGACAAACUGGAACGUCGUGAACAAUCCCUUAUAGCCAAGUGCGAUCUGAACGAGGGCAGACUUGGACGUGACAACAAUGGUGGAUCGGGUUCUCGACCGGCAAGUAGGACCGCACAGAGGAGUGGGGGCAAGACCAUCAGCGCGCAGCAGGAACUGAGGAUGAAGACAUUGAGGGCAAAGAAGGACAGGCUUAGCUAUGCCGUGGAGACGCUGGAGUUGCAAGCGAAGCAGAGAGAGAGGCAGUUGCGGAUGAGCAUGGCCGCACCACAGCAGUUUUAUGACGAUUAAUGUUCGCCAAGUUUGAGCAUCAAGAAGCAUGAGUUUCGUCAAGCGUAACGGGCUGGACAUGUUCUUGGUUUUGCGAUUAAGAUACCCCGGAGUUAUUGAAUACAGG